GCCUCGCGGAGCGGCACCGAGCUCGUCUCCCAUUGCAUCCUUCCCUGCGCCACAAGGGGGCGCUCGCGGGCCCCUCCGCAGCGGUGGCGGCAGCAGCAGCAGCGGCGGGGGAAGAUGGCGGCGGCCGCCUCUGAGCAGCAAAGUUCUAAUGGCCCGGUGAAGAAGUCUAUGCGAGAGAAGGCUGUGGAACGCAGAAACGUUAAUAAGGAGCACAACAGUAACUUUAAAGCAGGAUACAUUCCAAUUGAUGAAGACCGUCUCCAUAAGACAGGGUUACGUGGCAGGAAAGGCAACUUGGCUAUUUGUGUGAUUGUUCUUCUUUUUAUUUUGGCUGUCAUCAAUCUGAUUAUUACGCUAGUUAUCUGGGCAGUGAUUCGAAUUGGUCCCAAUGGUUGUGACAGUAUGGAGUUCCAUGAGAGUGGCUUGUUGCGGUUUAAGCAAGUUUCUGACAUGGGCGUUAUACAUCCAUUAUAUAAAAGCACUGUAGGAGGCAGACGUAAUGAAGAUUUGGUGAUCACUGGAAAUAAUCAGCCUAUUGUAUUUCAGCAAGGAACAACCAAGCUUAGUGUGGAAAAAGACAAAACUUCUAUUACCAGUGAUAUUGGCAUGGAAUUUGUUGACCCACGGACACAAAAUACCUUGUUCAGCACGGACUAUGAAACUCAUGAGUUUCAUCUGCCAAAUGGAGUUAAAAUCUUGAAUGUACAAAAGGCUUCUACAGAGAGGAUUACCAGCAAUGCAACCAGUGAUCUAAACAUAAAGGUUGACGGCCGUGCUAUUGUCCGUGGAAAUGAAGGUGUUUUCAUCACAGGCAAGACCAUUGAGUUUCGAAUGGGGGGUAACAUGGAACUUAAAGCAGAAAACAGUAUUAUCCUGAAUGGAACUGUGAUGGUCAGCCCAUCGCGACUGCCAAGUUCUUCUUACGGGGAGCAGUUUAAUAAUGGCAACUGGCUGCGUUUCAAGCUCUGUAUGUGUGCAGAUGGGACACUAUUCAAGGUUCAGGUGACUGGUUAUAACAUGGGUUGUCAGACUUCUGUCAAUCCAUGUGGAGCCACGCACUAAAGCACAAACCACUACCGGGAGAGUUCUCUUUUGUGUUUACAUAUAUUUGUAUGAAGUAAUUGCAUGCCUUCAAGGAUUUCUGUUUUUACAGCAGUUUAUACUAACAUUUAUUACAUAAUAUUUUUAAGCAAAGGCUGAUAAUGUUCAGCAGUAUUAUGUCAUCAUCCUGUUAGCUGUAAUAGUGGCACUGCUUUAGUAAGCUUUAAGUCUACUGAAGUACUUUCCUGAAUUGGGAUCUGUAGAACAUAUUUGAAGAAGGUGAUCUUAGCAACUCUCUCGACUGCCUUUAAAGGAGGAUUUUGUCCUACAUCCCAAGACCUCAGGGGCUGCUGAGAACACAACUGUGAUCUGAAGUAUUUCAAUAAGAAUGUCGAUUUGCUGCUGGAAGUGGAUUUGCCUGGGAUGGCUGAAGCGGCAAAUUUUUGUCUUCUCUUCAUUUCUUACUAAAGGUUGAUACAAUGAUUUCCCCCAAAAUUAUGUGGUUUACCAGAUGUGUACUAAGAGAGGAAUAAUGGCAGGUUCACUUUAAAAUAUUGCAUUAUUUCUGCCCUAUACUCUCACGUAGGUAAAGAAGAAAUUAUGCUAGCACAAAUAAUAUUUGCAAAUUAAUAUCAAGUGUGGAAAUGUAACUUCAAUUUUGAAAUAUCUUCGAUUUUUGAAGUGUUGCUUGAACUCCCAUUCUAUCUGUGCAGUUUAGGGAUUCUACAGUUGCUUAAUUUAUGUGAAGUAUUUAUAAAACGUGUUUAUAUUAGAAGUACAUUUUUAAAGAUGUACAUGUAACUUGCUUACUACCCAAAAAAAGUAUUUUCCUGGGUACUUUAAUGUGAACAGUGUAUGAAUUCAUUAUUCAACAGGUAAUAAUCUGAAGCAUGACUGUAAGCAGCAGUGUCUGAGAUCAGAUCUUUUUCCCCAUAAAUGCCAGUACUGAUGCGUUGUUGAGAACCUCAGAAUGAAAUUCUGAAGUUAAACUGCAGGUCUGUAAUUCUAAAUGUGAUGGUAUCGAAUCCUAUGACAGCAGAGUAAAUACACGUGUAUCUGAAUUUGUCAACAGUGAAACUAUGGUAAACUGAGACCUAAUUGAAACUAUUACAGCCUUGUAACUGGUUUUGCAGAGAUAAGGUGUUCCGACUCAUUAUGAGUUUCCCACUCCUCCCUCCGCAUGUAUUUUCUUCAGUUUAAAACAGUUUGUUUUGCAGGAGCAUCAAGUAACCUUAAUAACGGAGGCCACAAAGGUGAUGCUGCAAGCAGUUUUUUGACAAGUUUUUCUAGAUAAGCACACGCUUCUCUUCCUAGAAGUUGUGCAGAUGUUACACAUUAACUUCAGAAUUGGUCCUUUGUUAUGGGAAGAUAAACUAUGUACCCUUGUUUUAUAGCUCUCACAGUACAUAGAAUUCCAUAAAACACAAAUCAGCUCCUGCUGCAACAAGGGCUUCAUAUCUAAGUUCCCGAUUGCUGUAUUUAUUAGAAGCCCUCAUGCAGGAUGUGUAUAGAUGGAAGUGAUUUCUAGAGGGGGAUCCUUAGGUCAGGCAUUACACCACACAGGAGAUCAGAGGGGUCAUUUAUCCCUCAUUGCAAAGCCAGAUUUUGAUGGUCAGUAGUUGUUGGGGUUUGGCAGGGUUGACAGCAGUGUGGCUGUUCAAACAAAAAUGGAAUAAACAGAAUAAAAUGUAGCAAAAGCCAUUGAAUUACUCAUAUUAAAGAUUAUGGGAAAGUAUUAACAUUUUGCAUCCUGCCUUCAUGGACUUCAUAGUUUUACUACUGUUAAUUUUUAUUAACCACUUCAACACGCAUUUUGCUGAAAACAUGCACACAUCUUUGCUGCUAAGUAGUGCACCAAUUAGUAUCUGUUACCAUUAAGAGGAGGAAGUAAACUAUAACAUUUUUAGAAUUUUCACUCAUGCUAAUGGAAGUUUAUCACUUUAUUUUUCUACAGAUAUAUAUAUAAAUAAACACACACACGUAUAAAACAUAAGCAGCAGCAUCCUUGAAUCUGAAAUAGAUCUCGAAAAUGACAGAUACUGCCUCUGUCAAGUCUGAUACAUACAAAUAGGAUAUUAAAGCUCUUUGGUUAAUACUGACACGCCUAUAUGCUAGCACUGGAGUCCUGUAAUUCUCAAGAGUUCUUUUUAAAAUACUGUAUGCAACAUAGCUGAAAGAUUUGUCACAAAGGUACUCUUAAAUCAUGGUUUGGAUAAUUGGUCUUGAAGUGUGGAUUUUCUGUCAAAAUAUAGCAAAACUGAUCAUCCAAAUACCAAAUGAAAUAAUUUACCAAUUUGUUAGCCACUAUUUAUGUAUUGUUAAUAUAUUUUGUUGCCUUCACUACACAGUUUGAGAAAUGCUGGUACCAGACAUGCCCUGUGUUGUGCAUUUAUUUGUUGUUUACCUUCUAACUGCCUAAGGUACAUUCUUCUACACGUAUUUAAAACACUAUGUAGCACAUUAUUUAUUUCAAUCCCACAGAUGCACUUAAGAUUCUGUGUGUUUAAAGUACAUUCUCCAUGCCUCUGUGUAAUAUACCGUACUGGGUACGUUGAGAGAACUUACAUGUGAAGAGUUCUCAGCAUAUGUAAAGGUGGUGAUUGUUUCAAUAGGUGAAAGACAAUUGAAUUUCUAAUCUUUGUUUUGAAACGAAAUAAUUUCAAUAAAUUCUAACAUGCA